AUGCAAAAUAGCGAUUCCGAGUCCAAAGAUGAACAACAUUGCCUCAAUGUAACAGAAAUCUUUGAUUUUGAUAAGUUUAGAGAUGAAGAGAAUCAGAAAACUGCUUCGUAUUGUGAGGAUGAAAAUACUUUUAAGAAUCCACUAAAUUUAAAAACUAAUGCUGGAGAAUAUGGUAGCUUUGGUGCUGGGGAUGAUAACGAUACGAGUGAUAACGAUGAUAUUGAUGAUGAUGAUUCAGUCAAUGAUCAAGAUAAUCAAAAUGAAAAUGCUGAAGAUAUCGUUGCAAAUGAUAAUUCAUUUCAUCAAAGCAGUAAUGGAAAUACUAUAAAACGUGGACUUGCAAGAAAUCAACUCAAACCUGAAUGGUCUCCUGGUCGUCAACGUAUUUCAGGUGCGAGUUAUCAUGGUAGAAAUCUAAGUUCGAAUAACAGUGAUGAUUUUCAAGUAAAUGAAGGGAGCUAUCGGUCUACAAAUAUGGAUGAAUCAUUGUUAAUAAAACGAUCACAGAAAGAUAAUUAUCCAACAACGAAUGUUGAAAAUGGAAAGCAAACAUAUUUGAAGCAUGCACUUCAAUCUGAAGAAAAUGAACACGAUGAUUUUUGAGUGAAUUAUGAAUUUGCUAGUGAUUUAUUUAUUUCCACAAACUGUAUAAUAAAAAGAUAUUACAAAAAGAAGCACUUCUAGUGUCGGUUAUUAUGUUUAGCCCAUAUACCUUAUUCUAGCUUUCGGACAGCUCAGUCUAUUCAUCCUACUUGAGUCACAUUCUGACCUUGUUAAUUAUUCGC